AUGAAUCCUUGCUCAAUUGCUACACCUCAGCAAGACACCGAAGGAGAUGGAAGAUGGAAUAGUAUUCAUAACAGAUUUUUGUCAGACGCCAAGGGGAAGGAUGGUGAGGUGAUUUUCAUUGGUGAUUCUAUCCUACAGGCUUUGGAACACACAGAAGUGUGGAACCAAUGGUUUGCCCCGCUCCACUGUCUUAAUUUCAGUAUUCACAGAGAUCAAACUCAAAAUGUUUUGUGGCGUAUCAAAAAUGGAGAGCUUGACCAUGUCGACCCUAAAGUGAUAGUUGUGCAUGUUGGGACAAAUAAUGUUGAAUAUACUCCAGAGCAAGUCUGUGAAGGUAUUCUAGAAAUAAUUAGAACAAUCAGGGAGAAACACCCAAGUGCUUAUAUAGUUUUGCCUAGUCUACUUCCACGAGGUCAACAUCCAAACACUUUGAGAGAGAAAAAUUCGAAAAUCAAUCAACUUUUGCGUGAAAAAGUUGCAAAUAUGAAUAAAGUAGAAAUGGUGUUGAUAGACAAAGGUUUCAUACAAGCUGAUGGCACUAUUAGUCAUCAUGACAUGCAUGAUUACCUCAUACCUACCAAUGCAGCGUGUAGAAAAGCAUUUGAACCUAUUUAUGAUCUCCUCCAACAAAUUUUGUCUGAGGGAGAACCUGAAAAAGACUUAACCCCCUCAGAGUAA